AUGAACAAAAAUGGAACCGCUAAAAUGAAUGAUAAUCAAAUUAGAGCAGAAGGUAGAAGGUUAUUUAAACGCUUCUAUAACAUUCCUGAUGGUGUUAAUCCUAAAACUCAUAGAAGCUAUUUAAAUGAAGCAAUAGAUGCAUAUGAAGGGUUUGACAUUUCAUCAGAAAGUGAGAGAUUAGCGAGAAUGUUAAAUGUUAAUAUUGAUUUCUAUUAUUGUGAUCCUCAACCAGAAGACGUGGACAUAAAUAAGGUAGACUUUCCAUUAGUGGAAUCAAUAAUGAUAGAUCCAGAAUUUGAAACAGUAAAUAUUUUAUUAACACAGAGUCCAUGUGGAAAACUUCACGCUGACAGAAUAACAGACGUUGAAGCACUCACAGGAUAUAAAGUUUGCCCCUUUUGCAAAGAAGAAGUAUAUUCUAUCCGUGAUGAUCCAGAAAGGAAAAACCAAAGAAGAUUUUUAAAACAUUGUGAGAAAUGUAAAGAAAAUAAUGGAAGAUUAAUUCAAGACGUUCAAUUGCAAAACACACAACAACCAUAUGCACCACAUAUCACGAAACAGAAGAUAUAUCAAUGGCUAUUAGCACAUAAUUUGCAGGAAUAUUAUAAACCAACAAGAUAUUAUAUUACUUUUGACUUCGAAACAUUAGAGACUAAAGAAGAACUUCAACUUUCUGAAUGUGCAACUUUGAACGCUUACUUAAAACCAUUUAUGGUAUCAUCAACUGUCAAAAUAAAGCCGCAAAGCGGCGAG